GCCCCCAGCCAGGGACAGACACAUCAGACUCAGCCUGUUGCCCGGGAUCUGGCCGCUGCUGCGCCGAGAGAUUGAUUCAGCUUCAGGCUGCGCCUGCUACUGGGGGCUCAGCUUCGUUCUCAGGGCGGCUGCUGCUCAGACCCAGCCCAGAUACAUUCAUCCUCCGGGCUGCUGCUUUAUUCUCCCUCUUUUUGUAUUUUGAGGUGGGGGAGACGUACGUGCAAGGCUCAAGCCCGCCUGGCAUCUCCCUACCUAGAGAGGAGCCGAUCAUUACAGACUAACAUGGCUACCCCUCUGAAACUAUCAUACUGACCGUGUCUCUCUUCAUAGUAUCUUCAUUUAUAUGAAAAACAAAGCAUAGUGAAUACAAUAAGAAAAGUAGGACAUGAGCAGUAGCAGGGGGACUGGAGUGCUCAGGCUUCAGCAGACUCAAGACCAGCUUUCAACAUUGGGAGACAAAGUAUUAAUCCUUUGGAAACACAGAGUGGAGUCUUGCAUAUCACUUUGCAGUUUGUGUUGUGAAUGGUGUUUUUCAUGUAGAUGAAGGGAUCCCCAUCAUUGUUUGGAAGAAUACUGCUUCACUGCUCAUUUUUCUGUUCUAGUCUUUUGCUCCCUGUCCAAGCUUAGAUGUCCUUUUGCUGUUUGGAUAUACAGAAAUUUCCUAUUACAAUAUGGACACCAGUAAAAAGACAGAACCCCCUGUGUCUGUGGAAAUGUUGCAACAAAGAGCAAACCCUGAUCACGUUCCUGGAUCAAUUUAUAUUCCAAAACAAGGUGGUUACACAGAGAAAUUUGUAAACACAGUGGAGGACAAGUAUAAAUGUGAAAAAUGUCAUCUCAUAUUGUGCAAUCCUAAACAGACGGAAUGUGGACACAGAUUCUGUGAGACCUGCAUUAAUGCAUUGUUAAGUUCACCUAACCCAAAAUGUACAGCGUGUCAAGAGCACAUAGUUAAAGAUAAGGUAUUUAAGGAUAACUGCUGUAGGAGAGAGCUUCUUGCCCUUCAGAUUUACUGCAGAAAUGAAAGCAAAGGCUGCAAUGAACUGCUGACACUGGCACAAUUACUGAUACAUUUGAGAAAUGACUGUCAGUUUGAAGAACUUUCAUGCCCUCGUGCUGAUUGCAAAGAAAAAAUCCUGCGGAAAGACUUGCCAGACCACAUAGAAAAGACCUGUAACUAUCGGGAGACUACAUGUAAAUACUGUAAAAACCAAGUCCCAAUGAUUACAUUACAGAAACAUGAAGAUACAGACUGUCCCUGUGUCGUGGUUUCAUGUCCUCAUAAAUGCAGUGUUACAUCACUCUUGAGGAGUGAGUUGAAUGCACAUUUGUCAGAAUGUAUUAAUGCCCCAAGUACCUGUAGUUUUAAGCGUUAUGGCUGCACUUUUCAGGGAACAAAUCAGCAAAUUAAAGCACAUGAAGCCAGCUCAGCAGUGCAGCAUGUUAACUUAUUGAAAGAGUGGAGUAAUUCUCUAGAGAAUAAGGUGGCCAUGCUCCAGAAUGAAAGUUUGGAAAAGAACAAGAGUAUACAAACUUUACAUAAUCAGAUUUGUAGCUUUGAAAUAGAAAUUGAAAGACAGAAGGAAAUGCUGCGGAAUAAUGAAUCUAAAAUACAUCAUUUACAGCGAGUAAUAGAUAAUCAAGCAGAGAAAUUGAAAGAGCUGGACAAAGAGAUCCGCCCCUUCCGACAGAAUUGGGAGGAGGCAGAUAUCAUGAAGAGCAGUGUGGAGUCCCUGCAGAAUAGAGUGAGUGAGCUGGAAAGUGUUGAUAAAACUGGAGGACAAGGAGCUCGAAAUACAGCCAUACUAGAGACACAGCUAAGUAGACACGAUCAAAUGCUCAGUGUUCAUGAUAUUCGGCUGGCUGACAUGGACCUCCGAUUCCAGGUGUUAGAAACUGCCAGUUACAAUGGUGUAUUAAUUUGGAAAAUUCGAGAUUAUAAACGUCGGAAACAAGAGGCCGUCAUGGGGAAAACUCUGUCAUUGUACAGCCAGCCCUUUUAUACUGGAUACUUUGGCUAUAAGAUGUGUGCCAGAGUUUACCUUAAUGGAGAUGGCAUGGGAAAAGGGACGCACUUGUCAUUGUUUUUCGUCAUAAUGCGUGGAGAAUAUGAUGCCUUACUUCCCUGGCCAUUUAAACAGAAAGUGACUCUGAUGCUAAUGGAUCAGGGACCUUCGCGGCGUCACUUAGGCGAUGCUUUCAAACCAGAUCCAAACAGCAGUAGUUUCAAGAAGCCUACUGGAGAAAUGAACAUUGCAUCUGGCUGCCCAGUCUUUGUGGCUCAAACAGUUCUAGAAAAUGGAACGUAUAUUAAAGAUGAUACUAUUUUUAUUAAAGUCAUAGUGGAUACAUCGGAUCUACCGGACCCCUGACAUACAAAUGGGGAGACAGAUUAAACAGAAGACAACUCCAUUUGGGGGUUUUCUAUCAGUUUGUCUUCAAUCAGAGGUCCUAAAGCACAAAGGACCACCUUGUGGAACAGAAGGAAGAGUUUGAAGGCAUAACUUCAUAGGGUCCAAUGGUGAAAGUAGCAACACAUUUAAGAAAUCAUACCAUGGUAUAUUUUCUAAUAAAACUAGUAACACUUAAACUCUGAAGAGUUAUUUAUCCCUCAUGUGGAUAAUGAUUACAGUCAGAGAGGUUUUUUUAACUUAUUAGUGAUCUAGUCAAUUGGAGGUGAAAAGACAUGUAAAGUAUGUGCUGAAUAAAUUUUACCUGACUUUUCUUCAUUUAGACUAGAAUACAAAAAAGUUCAUCUGUGGGUUAGCUGGAAACUGUCAGCAUGUUAAGUAAAAGAAGAAAUGAUGAAGUAAUGUUGCAACUAUGAUAUAAUUACUUUGAAAAACUAAGUGCAAUCGUGUCUGAAAUACAGUAUAUUGUCUUUUUAAGGCCUCAUCUGGUCUCUGUUUUAAUAAUUACUUUGUCAGAAGACCUUGAAAUAUCCAGGUCUUCUUGAAAGUAUCUAUAUCAGAAUCAUAUUUUUAUUUAAAGUUCUAUUAAUAAUUGUUACAGAAAAAAACAUUUUAUUUUAAAGCCGUUGAUAGACUGAUAUUUCUUGGAAGAAAAAUAGAAGAUAUCAAACACUGGUUAUCACUUGUGAUAAAAAAGAAAUUAUUCAACUAUUGAUGUUAUUUCUCUUUAGAAAUGUAAACCUACAAUAUAUGUCGUAGUUAAUGACACUAUUUCAAAAUUAGGAAAAAUCACUCAUGGAUGCUGUGCAUCAUUAUCAGAUUUAUAAUUGUUUUCACCCUAAAAUAGGGCAUUUGUUGAACUUUGGAGUUCUAAACGGAAUCCUGUACGCUUUUAAAGUUCUGCCUCAUGCUUUCCAAUCAAGCUAUAUAUAUUGCUGACAGCAUAAAUGUGCAACACCUAAUAUUUUCAGCAUAGGGGAGGAGGAUUAGUGCUGAAACACAGCCAGUCAUGAUCCCCUGAGUUCAUUCUGUACUAGCGAUCAUUGCAUCUUAUUAAGGAGAUAUGAUCAGAAAGCAAUGGAAAGAUGAUGGUGGCUUGCAUGCAUACAUGUGCCUUAAAUGUGAUGUGCUGCUUAUAAACCAUAGCUUUGUAUUUAGAUUAAUUAUAAUAUCCAAAAUGGUAGUUUUAACUGGACUUCAGGCAAAGUGUGUAGACUCGUCUUCAGAGCCCUUAGUUAGUUAGUUAGCAACAUGCAGAACAGAAUCUGAAGUCCAGGUUUGGCUGCAAGAGCUUCUAUGCUUUGAUUAUCAUGGAAUCCAUCAUGUUCAGGUGCCAAAAUUGUAUGCACACUGCUCCUAUGGAGCAUGGACUUUGACAGUGCCUCUAGGCUAAAAUGAAGGAAGGAGUCCUGCUUCCUCCCAGUCCUAUGUAUGGAAGGGGGCAGCGCUUUAAAUUGACUAAUUUGAGAAUUCUGCUGUAUAUUCUCACGGGUAUCUGUUCAAGGCCGAGUGACAAGCAUCCCAACGUGGAAAUGCACAGGUUUCUUUGUUAUAACUGCCUGCGCUACAGCAGAAAGCAUUUCCCAACCCUGAAACAUGCUGAUUGCAACCCACUGUGUUUAUCUACUUCUGCUUGAUAGUCUGGAAAUAUUGAGUCCAAUGGUGUAGCUUAACUAUAUACCAGCCAUCUGGGUGCUACUUAAAAUCUGAGUGCUGCUUAGAAUUAAUGAGAGAAGCUAAUUAGUACAACUUUGUGCACCUGAGAGGGUAUUGAACCCCUCUUCUUGAUUGUCAGGUGGUGCCCAUUCAGUUUCCUACUUUUGGGGGCAUAGCCACAGUAUUUACCUAGGGCUCAGUUGAAUUCAUGCCUUUAUAGUUCAGCUUGUCUCUGUUGCCAUUGUCUUUUAUGGCUGUGCCUUCACAAACUGUGCCUGCAAGAAGUAUUUUCCUGUUACAAAUAUACAGUGCAUGCUAAGUGGUCCUCAUGGGUUUUCCAGGCACCUGCUAGAAUUCUGCCGGCUUCUUGGCAUCCAAGCCAUUCCAUAGCAAUCAGUCUUCCUGUUCUUGCCUUCCCACUGUCCAGGUACUAUAUUCCUUUCAUGGUACAUGGGUGACAACAGAUGCAACUUUUGUAAGGAGGCAUGUGCUAAUGUUUCACUUCUAGCACAGAAGGAGGACUUCCUGCAGAAGAUCUAUAUGGCACUUGCAGUUUUAUGCAGGUAGCCUAAGUAAACCCAUCACUUAUGCUUUAGGGCAAAGGUUCACUCAACUUGCAUACCAUUCUAAUAGUCAUGAAUGUAGGCAGCUGAGCUUUUGUGUAUGUGCAUCACAGAAUUUUACUGAAAACAGGAUUCCCAAGUGGAAAUGUCCAAAGGGCUCUGCUCCCAUUGCUAAUAUAUGUAUUGUGAAAAAUGUAUGGUCACGUAAGAACGGUUUUUAUCCUGUUUGAAUCUGGGACUAAUUUAGGUAAGAGUUUAUUAUCAUCAGUCCCCAUGUGUUUUGCAGUUCUAUAGCUGCAGACUCCAGGUCUUGCAGCAGAAUUGUGCUUCUGAAUCCAAGCUCUUAAACAAAAAAUGAAGUAAGAAAAAGUAUAAAUUUACAGCAUAGUCCUCUUGAGUCUGCAUAGAGUUAAUAAUAGGUCUGGGGUGCCUGAAUCACCAAUUCAUAUCAAUGUGGUGUUAACUCUGAAACCUCUUGAUGAAAAUUUAAAUGUCAACAGUAGUUUGAUUAGUUAACCAGAAACAUCAACUAAUGUAUUUAAUCCAUAAUUCUCCAAACUGCCUUCCGUACUUAGACUCCAGAAGCCCUAGCUACUCAAACCUCUAGAUUUAUUCUGAUUAGCUUCUAGAACACAGGAAUGUAUUGUCAAUACAAAAAUAUUUUGGCAUAUACAUUGAUUUUAAUGGCAAAUCAAUAUGCAAGGUGAUAUUGACUAUAAUUUCAUUUUAAAAAUAAUGGGAAGCUACAACAGUUUCCAGUUUGCUCCUCUAAAUUCUGCAGAAUCCCACAAUCUUAUGCGAAAUUUAACUAAAUCCUGCAAUGGAGUACAUGAAGCCUGAAUUAUAAUAUUCACCUCUGCCAAACUCACCAAAUAUCCCUAGACUGUGAGAUUUUUGCUAUGUGUAACUGGGUUCCCUUAGCAUCCCAGCAAUGAAACUAUGUAGCAUUUAGAGAAAUGUUAUGAAAUGUCAUCCAAAUUUACGGUAAAGGUUCCUUGUGUUUUACUGUUUUAUGGAUUAGGUAAUGUUAUUAAACAUUCUUUUUUCAAACACUGAGGUUUUUUUCUUCCCAGGUAUUUCAGAACUUUUCUGGAGACUAUAAAAGUAACUCAUAGGGCAUACCCAUGAAACCCCAUGAGUCUCAGUGGAGUUGCAUGAAUGCAGUGGCAGGCCAAUGCUAUUUGAGUUAAUGCUAAUUAUUACCAUAAACAUACUAGAGCCUUGUAAUUGCUAUUUAGUAUUCAUUGGCAUUGUAUAGCCAUAUGCUCUUGCAGUUUGUUUCACAGUAGUGACCCUCUAACUGUAUGUAUAUGUAUCUCCUCCUCAGUUGGUACAUCUAGCAAAAAGAUUCCAGUCUACCAGAAGGUGGAUCUUGUCUGUUGUACACAAUACGUACAGUAGGGGUGUGUAUUUGUUGUUUUUAAAAAGUCUCAAAUUCUAAACAGGAUGAAACUAUUUUUCAGCAUUUAACGACCAAUCUGUGAUCCUUAUGCAUGACCGCGUCUGUAUUACUUCUCUGUUGAUCUUAAAGGGAUCUUGUUCAGCUAUUGUCUACAUGUACACAUUCACAACUUACAUCAACUGCUGACUUUUUAUAUGCAAUGUUGAUUUCAGCCUUUUACUGUAAAUUUGUUCUUCUCAAAGAGAAUGUGCAAUAGGAAAACAGAAAGGGGGUAGCUCAAAUGAUAAUGAAAUGUAAUGGGUAACAUGCUAGCUAUCUUUUUAAAAUAAGAUUAAAAUGCAGUUUAAUUCCUCUUCCAAAUUGGUUUUCCUACUUGGAAAAGGAAAGUUUAAUAAUUGGUCUAUACUGGGGAAGAAAGCUGACCUAAGAUGCACAACUCCAGCUACAAGAAUAACAUAGCUGGAGUCGACGUUCCUUAGGUCGAAUUUCUGUGGUCCCCAUUGCGGGAGUUCGACAGGAGAAACUUCCCCAUCAACUUCUCUUACUCCUCAUGACCCGGUGGAGUACUGGAGUCGAUGGGGUUGCCAUCAGCAGUCGAUUUAGUAGGCCCUUACUAGACCUGCUAUAUCGAACCUCAGAAGAUCUGUCUCUGCAGCAUCGAUCUCCUGGUAAGUGGAGACAAACCCUAAGAUGUGAAAUGUGCCUGAUGAAUCUCUCAAUGCAAGGUAAUGGAGAUCUGUUUUAGUUGUAGUUCUAAAGUAUUGAACCCAUGAAUGUUAGGGUACGAUUAUACUGCUCAAGUUGCUACCAACUUGCCCUGAUUAUGGCAUGUUGCAACUGAGUUUAAAAUCCACCUAUUUGUAAACUAUAGUCCAUCAUGCUGAAUAGGCAUUUCACCAACAAUGCAGUUUCUGAUAACAUUGGUGCUCUGGGUGCAAGCCAGAAAUGCCUGUAGGCAAUGAUAAGAGAAGUAUUCUGCACCUCCUGACUAUAUCAAAUGUUACUGCAGUCUUGAUGCCUUGAUGUUUAACUAUGCAAAUAUAUUAAUAGGUGGAGGGAGAAAAAUAAUCUUAGCUAAUGAAUUUUAGUUACAAACCUAGUAUCAGAGUUUUCACUGUUACAACGUUCUAUGUUUAUUCUGAGUUUGUUGUCAGACAAAGAAUUGUUUGACCAUAUGGAAAUUAUCAAAAUAACCCCAGCCCCCAAAUCAGUCUUGGUUGACGAGUGCAAAUGGGUUUUUUGCUACUGUUAAGGGAGAUUCAUGGAUAGUAGCAAGCCCUAAAUUCCCACACUCCAGGUAUGAAGACUCAGCACACUGCACACACAAACUGCUUUGUCUCAUAGAAAGUGGGUAGCUUGCUGGAUCCUUCUAAAAACUAUAUGGAUGCUUCAUGGAGUGGCAUCUAGUUCACAUAUCCUUUCACUCAGCUAAUCAGGAGAUUCAGGGUUUAAAAAAAAACAGUUGGUGCUGGGCAGCUCAGAACAAAGAGGUGGGGCAAAAGAUUACAGUGGUUUUUUUU